UGUGUGUUUCCGUUCAAGGCUGUUCUAUGUUAAUGUGUAGCCUAUACCGUCUGCCCAUGAUUGUUGUAUUCAGACGUUAAGACCCAGCGGAGUCCGUUUAUAGCUACUUAGAGUGAUUGACGGGGAUAGACAGCCUUGAAUAACUUACAAUGCAGAGAUAGUAUUUGCCCUGUGCGCACACCCAGUGCGUAGCCGUGCCCAUGGUCACCAAGGAAAUGCUCUCAGCAUUCAUUUAAAUAUUGUUUCUUAUUAAACAUACCGAGGAGUUAUUUUAGGGCCACAAAGACUUGUAAAUGUCUUGGGAGUGGAGUGACAUAUAUUCCCAUCCCUUGUGGGCGAUUUCGACGGUGAUAUUGGCCAUCACUGUGCGCGUGCAGCGGAAAGGUUCGUGGGACCCGCGCGCUUGUCCUGUUAGGUUAAAUGGGAAAACUGCGAUUGUCACUGGUGCCAAUACAGGGAUUGGGAAAUUCAUUGCUCUGGACUUUGCCCGUCGUGGGGCAAGGGUGAUCCUGGCAUGCCGGAGCGAGGCUCGUGGGACGUCAGCUCUGAAAGAAAUCAUUGAACUGAGUGGGAAUGAGAAUGUACAUCUGCGUCUGGUUGACACCUCUUCCCUUGACUCUGUCCAGAAGUUUGCCACUCAGAUCUUGGAGGAAGAGAAGGAAUUGCACAUUUUGGUCAAUAAUGCAGGAGCCUCGGGCCUGCCAAAAGGAAUUACAGCUGAUGGGUUGGAAAUCACAUUUGCAACCAACCACAUUGGGCCAUUCCUGCUUACCAGUUUGCUUUUAGACCUGCUGACGAAAUCAGCCCCUGCACGCAUUGUAAAUGUUUCCUCUUUGAAUCACUGGAGAGGGAAGGUGGACUUCUCUCAUUUCAAAGGGGAAAAUCUAACCUAUGUGAUGGACAGUGUGUAUAACCACACAAAGCUGCACAACAUCAUCUGGACCAAUGAGCUGGCACGUAGGCUUCAGGGCACAGGAGUCACAGCAAACUCUCUUCAUCCUGGUGUAGUCAUGACAGAAGUCAUGAGAAACUAUAACUUCAUUGUCCGCUUCCUCUUCAAUUUAGUGGGAUUUUUCUUCUUCAAAAGCUCUAAAGAAGGAGCAGUCAGCACAAUAUACUGCGCUGUGUCAGAGGAAACAGAAGGAAUAACAGGGAAAUACUUUGAUAGCGACUGUUCCCUGGUUCUACCAGCGCCCCCUGCCAGAGAUCCAGCUCUUGGAGUGAAGGAAUUUGAGAUCUGUGAGAGACUGACAUCGAAACUUUAACUUCAUCAGAUCUCAU